CGAGUAUCCCGCUCAGGUCAGCGGCUCCGCCGGUCGGGAGCCGGUUUUUCCGUGCGCUUUGAAAAGUUGCUCGGGUCGCCGGUUGUUUUUGGCUGCUGCGCGGUGGCGCGCAACAAGUGUGCCCCCGGCGACAUGGACGACAAGAGCGAGCCGCGCGAGAACGACAAGUGCAUGGAGCAGGGCGAGUCCACGGGUGGCGGCGGAAUGUCCAAGCUUCGCGCCCAGGUCACCUCUGCCGUGGCCAACAUCCCGUCGCUGGUGAUUGUGCUGCUGUGCGUGCUGUUGCUCGUCUUCUUCGUCAUCAUCGUCGCCCUGUCGGUCAAGGUGCACUCGGGCUCGACGGCGCCUGACGAUCGCUGCCUGUCGGCGGCUUGCCUGGGCUCGGCGGCUCGCGUGCUCGCCGGUCUUCGAGACGCCGCGCCCUGCCAGGACGCGUACGCACUGGCCUGCCGACCCGGCACCCCUCAGGGCCCCCGCGGCCAGCACGCGGUGCGGCACCUGGUGGAUUUGGUGCCUUUCGACGGCGACCAGGCGUCGGCCGAGACCAAGGCGAAGCGCUUCUACGAGACGUGCAUGGAGCCGCGCAGCCUGAGCCAGGACGCCCUGGCCCUGCUCAACUACCGGCUGCGGCAGGUUGGCGGCUGGGAGCUCGUCGCCGGCUCGUCGUGGUCCCUGCAGAGCUGGGACCGGGACACCGCGCUCGAGAAGCUGCACGUCGACCUCGGAGUGAGCCCCUUCUUCGCCAUCGGAGUCGCCGACCGAACGAUUCGGCUGCACCCAUCGGGGUUCACGUUCCCUUCAUACGAGUACUACGCCGACGGCAAGCCCGACACCCUCGCCGGCAAGGUGCUGGGCAGCUACAGGGAGCUGAUCGAGCAUGUUUCCAGCCAUCUGCGGGACGGCCCACCCACCUUGGCAAACUCUGUCCUGGCCGACACCAUCAUCAACUAUGAGCGGCGACUGCUCGAGCGUCUGCGUCCUCGGGAGAAUGUCACCGAGCCGAGCAGCCUGCGCACCACUGUGGCGCAGCUCACACGCUUGGUUCCCAUUGUCAAGUGGGAGCAGCUGCUGAGUGCCUACUUCCACGGCCACUCCAUUGGCCAGGACACUCCUGUGCUGAUAGUGCAGCCGCACUACUUCAGCGGCCUGAGCCAGAUCAUCUCGACCACCGACACCACUACACUGAACCACUACAUGAUGUGGCGCUUGGUGAUGAAGUAUGCACCGCACCUGGACAAGACCGUGCGGUCUGAGUAUUUCCGUUUCCAGCGGAACAUUUUCGGUGCUCCAGACAGUGAACCAGAGGAAGAGUGGUGGGAGCAGUGCACCCGACACACGAGCCACUACCUGCGCCAUGCUGUGGGCUACCUGUACGCCACCAAGACAGCUGGCAGCCGGGUGCAAGACACCAUACAACAGGCGGAGGCCCUCGCUCAACGGGUGAAGAAGGCGGCCAUCGAGAGUGUGGCUGAGGUCGCAUGGCUGCCCGAGAAGGGUGCACUUCGAGAAAAGCUGUCCAGCUUGGAUUUUCGUGUGGGCUACGCUUUCAAGGACAAGCCAAAGCAGCUGGACCGCUUCUACCUGGACCUCAUUGUCAAGCUUGGCUCACACCUGGAGAACGUGUUUGAGGCUGAACGUUUCCUAGGACGCAAGAAGGCCCUGAUGCUCAAUGACCGAUCAUACCUGGCUGAAGAGACGGCUGAAGACGAAGCGUGGACCAUUUCGGCAGUUGACAGCCAUCCCAUAUACAACCAAGAGCUGAACUCAAUUGUGGUACCCUUGGCAGCAUUGCAGCAGCCAGUCUUCUCUCUGGAUGAACACCCGGCAUUGCAGUAUGGGUCCUUUGGGAGCCUGAUCGGCCGCCUGGUCUUCGAGUGCCUCCGCCAGGAAGAUGAGAGCCUGUUCCGCAACAAUAUGACACGUGCCAGUCUGCGAGAGAAGUUGCACUGCCUGGCCAACAGGUAUCCUGCCUUGGACAGAACUUUGCCGGUCAAUGGUCCUCUGGUUGCUCCUGAAGCACUAGCCGACCUUGCUGGCGUCACAGCUGCCUUCAGGGCUUUUGAAUCCGAGAUGCACGUCAAGGAAAAGCUUCCAGGGAUGGAGUGGACACCAGAACAGCUGUUUUUCAUUGGCUAUGUGCAGUCCAUGUGUGAAGAGGUGUCCUUAAGAAGAUUACACAUCUGGAGUCUUGUCAGCGAAUCGGCGCCUAAAAAGCUCAGGGUACUCCAGGCACUGCAGCAGUCUCCCGAAUUUGGCCGAACAUUUGACUGCAACACUGAAGAGUGGCAGUCCCACAUUUGCCAUGCAUGGUGACCUUCUGCCGUGAAUCUAGGCAGCUCACUGGUGCACUAACAACUGUGGCAGCAGCAGUAGGCCAAGGGUACCGAUACUCCCAGGAGCAGCUGGUUUGCAUUGGUCAUGGUGUCUUGAUUCACGUGUGCCUUCAGUGCAACUAAGAGCCGCUGGUUCUUUGAAGACAAUGGGCAUAUCACCACAGCAGACAUCUCACUCAAUGCAGACAUGCUGCUUGUAGCACUUGCAACUCAGCAAGCUGCCCUUGAACAAAUGCAGCUAGUACUGCUUGGAGACAAAGUGGUGGGUGUCCACAGCAGUGCAGUUUGUAGUUGGACUGACUGUAUGUAGUAGGGUAUGUGUGAACUUUAUUUAGAAUGGGCUGAGGUGGUGUGCAUGUAAGUGUGUGCGUGUUUGUAGGCAUGUGAACUGUUGGCAUUUGAAAUGUCUUGUACAAAGCUCCAUUCCAAGUUUCGGCCUCAUGUUUCUGUUGAGAACCACGACAGAAUAAAUGCUUCAAUGGUAUCAUCACUUUCAUGGAAA